CACAGUUUCAAUGUCUUAUAUAAAAACACAGUUCAGCAGGAUAGUUUUUGGUGAUGUGUUCUACGACAACCAUCAUGGCCAGGCUAAUACUAAUAGCAGGUUUCUGUCUGUCUUUUAUCAGUUUGGUGUCAUCCUCCAGAUUGGUGUGUUAUUUCACAAACUGGUCUCAGUACAGAACAGGCAACGGGAAGUUUCUACCAUCAAAUAUUGAUCCAAACCUAUGCACCCACCUGAUCUAUGCUUUUGCUGGUAUUAAUGAUCAGAAUGAGCUGGCCACUAUAGACGUGAAUGAUGAUGCUCUCUAUACCUCCUUCAAUGGACUCAAACAGAGAAAUCCUAAUCUUAAAACACUGCUAUCAGUUGGAGGAUGGAAUUUUGGAUCACAAAAAUUCACUACAAUGGUGUCAACACAAGCAAACAGAAAUGUAUUUAUCCAGUCCUCUAUCAAAUUUUUGAGAAAACACUGGUUUGAUGGACUGGAUUUGUCAUGGAACUAUCCAGCAGCAAGAGGAAGUCCUUCGGAGGACAAGCAGAGAUUCACAAAAUUAUGCAAGGAGAUCCUUGAGGCUUAUGUUGCUGAGGGAGCUUCAAGUGAACAGGCCAGGCUGUUGAUCUCUGCAGCCGUUUCAGCCGGAAAAGGAUUCAUUGAUGCUGGUUAUGAAAUCUCAGAGUUGGCGAAGUACCUGGAUUUUGUCAACGUGAUGACCUAUGAUUUCCACGGCACCUGGGAAACUGUCACGGGACAUUACAGCCCUUUAUUCAAGGGAUCUCGGGACACAGGGGACAAUGUCUAUUAUAACACUGACUUUGCCAUGAGGUACUGGAGGGACAAAGGGACUCCUGCAGAAAAGCUGAACAUGGGUUUUGGUACAUACGGACGAACAUUUCGACUUUCUACUCAGUCCAGUCAGCUUGGAGCCCCAGCCACUGGUCCUGCUAGUGCUGGUAUUUUUACAGGGGAGGCUGGCUUCUGGUCCUAUUAUGAGAUUUGUACAUUUCUUAAAGGAGCCAGCGUUCAUUUAAUCGAGGAUCAGAAAGUUCCAUUUGCCACCAAACAAAACGAGUGGGUUGGCUAUGACGAUAAAGACAGUUAUCAUACUAAGGUUCGUUACCUGAAAGACAAUCGUUUCGGUGGAGCCUUCGUCUGGACUUUGGAUCUUGAUGACUUUGCUGGACAGUUCUGCGGACAAGGAAACUAUCCCCUCAUCAACCAUCUCCGAUCGCUUUUGGCUUCAGAUCUUCCCCCUCUUCCUACUGCAGAAAGCCCUCAGGUCCAAGUAACUUCCACUACAAAAACAGAUCAAACACAAAACAAUCCCGAUCCCAAACCAGCAACCUCUGACGCCAACUUCUGUGCCACAAAGGUUGGAGGAGUUUACGCCAAACCUGAUGCCCCGGGAUCUUUUUACAACUGUGCCAAUGGCAUCACUUGGGUCCAAAACUGCCCCAAUAAUUUAGUCUUUCAGGACAGCUGCAAGUGUUGCAAUUGGCCAUGAAGAGGGAAAAGUUUACAGCUAAAAUCGAAAGGACUCGGCCGCAAAUAAUAAGAUGGUGCCUGGAAUCGGAGGUUUGCCUCAUAUCAUUUGGGAAAAAAAAUGUAUGUUACCUGGUGACCCUAACACUUUUCCAGUUUUAAACAUUAAUAAAAGUUUUUGCAACUCUGAACACGUUCAUUAAAGUCAGUUUUGAAAGAACAA